ACCUCUGGCCGCUGAUUUGUCCAUAGUCCUCAUAUAGGAAAUAACAAGUCUGUCCAGCAUCUUCAUAAGUCUGGAUUGACCACCAGCUUUGAGUCCAGCUCCUGUGGGCAUCUCCUGAAUUAAGCAACACAGAAGGGUCUUCUGAAGUCACUGAAUCCCAGAAAGGCUCUCCACCUUUAGCACAAGGAAAGUCUUCACCGCUGGACAAAAGAGAAAAAGAUAAGGGGUCACCAAACUAGGGUUUCUGAGCAUGGAUCCAACCAUCCCAGCCUUGGACACAGAACUGACACCAAUCAACAGAACUGAGGAGACUUCUUGCUACAAGCAGACCUUGAGCCUCAUGGGGCUGACGUGCAUAAUUUCCCUUGUGGGGCUGACAGGAAACGCGGUUGUGCUCUGGCUCCUGGGCUUCCGCAUGCACAAGAACGCUAUCUCCAUCUACAUCCUCAACCUGUCCAUGGCAGACUUCCUCUUCCUCAGUGGCCGCAUUAUAUAUUCCCUUUUAAGCUUCAUUGGUGUGCCCCAAAUCAUCUCUAAAAUCCUCUAUCCUGUGAUGAUGUUUUCCUACUUUGCAGGCCUGAGCUUUCUGAGCGCCAUGAGCACCGAACGCUGCCUGUCCAUCCUGUGGCCCAUCUGGUACCGCUGCCGCCGCCCCACACACCUGUCAGUGGUCGUGUGUGUCCUGCUCUGGGUCCUGUCCCUGCUGCGGAGCAUCCUGGAGUGGAUGUUCUGUGGCUUCCUUUUUAGUGGUACGGAUUCUGUUUGGUGUCAAACAUUGGAUUUCAUUACAGUCGCGUGGCUGAUUUUUUUAUGUGUGGUUCUCUGUGUGUCCAGCCUGGUCCUAGUGAUCAGGAUUCUCUGUGGAUCCCGGAAGAUGCCGCUGACCAGGCUGUACGUGACCAUCCUGCUCACAGUGCUGGUCUUCCUCCUCUGUGGCCUGCCCUUCGGCGUUCAGUUUUUCCUGUUUUUAUGGAUCCACGUGGAUCGGAAAGUCUUAUAUUGUCAUGUUCAUCUAGUUUCUAUGUUCCUGGCCGCUCUUAACAGCAGUGCCAACCCCAUCAUUUACUUCUUCGUGGGCUCCUUUAGGCAGCGUCAGAAUAGGCAGAACCUGAAGCUGGUUCUCCAGAGGGCUCUGCAGGACACGCCUGAGGUGGAUGAAGGUAGAGCGCGGCUUCCUGAGGAAACCGUGGAGCUGUCCGGAAGCAGAUUCGGGCAGUGA